GGCUCAGCUAUUUUUGCAAAGCAGCCUGAAAAAAGUAAGCUGGGAUUAAUCUACACUUUCCUUUAUGCAAGUGUAAUUGCUGGGAGCAAGAAUGAAGACUGUGGCCAUCAGCAUCUUUCUGCUUGUCUUAACAUACAGUCAUGCUCUGGAGAGAGGAAAAGAUUACUUCAGAGAAAAAGUUUGUCAAGAAUUCAACCUCAUGGGAAAAGACAAGUUCCAUACCGUAGCAAUUGCCUUAAACAGCAAAAAAUAUUCCAAUGCCACCUACGAGGAAGUCACCAACAUUGUGACUGAGAUCGUAGCCCUUGCAGAAAAAUGCUGUGUGGAAGGAGCAGACCCUGAUUGCUAUACCACUGAGUCUUCAGCCCUCUCAGUCAAGUCCUGCGAUCCAAAUGCUGUUUUCCCAAAGCAUCCGGGGACAGCUGCUUGUUGUACUGAGGAAGGCUUGGCUCGGAAGCUCUGCCUGGCAGCCUUGAAACACCCACCCAAGGAGUUCUUCACAUACGUUGAGCCCCAGAACGAUGAGCUGUGUGAAGCCUUCAAGAAGGACCCCAGAGGCUUUGCAGAUAGGUUCCUGUAUGAAUACUCCACCGACCAUAGCCACACCCCAAUGCCGCUGUUGCUGGCCUCUGCAACAACUUAUCUGUCCAUGGUUGGGACUUGCUGUGUCCAUCCGCAACCCACCGUCUGCUUCCUGAAAGAGAGAUUGGAGCGGAAGCCUCUCCAGGGCCUUGUCCAUCUGUCCCACAAAGCGUGUUCCCGGUAUGAGUUGUUUGGGAAAGAAAAAACAACCCUCAGCUAUUUAAUAACAUUUACUCAGAAAAGCCCCAAUGCUUCCUUCGAGGAUGUCCUCUCACUCGCUGAAGGUGCGUCUGAGCUGCUCUCCAAGUGUUGUGACUCGCUAGAGGAGGACUGCCUCCAGAGAGGGGUCUUGGCACACACCUCCAACAUCUGCAACAAGCUCUCAGCCCAUGAUGAAAGAAUUCAAAACUGCUGCUCCGAAAAAAAUGACCUGACGAAAUAUUUAUGCAUUUAUUUCCUUCCGUGGGCGAAACAAGUGGCUGAUUCUCAAGAUACAAAGGGACCUGAGGAAGCCUUAUGUGGUGAAGAUAGAGAGCGGGAAAUCUACCAGAAUAUCCAUCACUUGGCUCAGUCCUUUACACAUGCUCCAGAAGCUAUUCUCACAAUUUAUUAUGAUAUAAUCCAUGACAUGGUGAAUGCCUGCUGCAGCAGUCCUGACGUCCACGCUUGUUUUACCCUAAAGAAGCAAGAGAGAACAGUCGAGUUCCACGAUUUGCUCUCAAAAGGAAAUGCACUCUGCGCGGAUUAUACAGAACACCCUUUCCUUGAAUUCAAGAAGAGGCUCAGAGAGAAUUAUCACAAACUGUUUACUACUGCUACAGAAGAUGAAAUUUCUGCACUGGUUGAGCGUAAGGCCACUUUUGCCUCUACUUGCUGUCUUUCGAAUGCGCCUCCAAGAUAUUGCGGGUUGAAGGUAAGAGAUAAAAUUGUUCACCUGUGUACCCAUGAUGUCUGUGUGAAGAACUAAUCGUGAGGAGAUUGUAUGCAAUUGUUUAAAGCUCAGGUGCAACUCAAAGAUAAAGAGGAGACCAAACACUCUAAGUCAUCAGUGCUGAUGAGCACCCUGCCUCCAGUUCCUAUUAAGAUCUUAAUAAAGGCUCACAUUCCUAUUUCUUGGCUGUAAUGAUUUUAGUGGAAGAAGAAAUCUUAACCUUUUCCAAGCCGUAUCUCAAAAUAAAGAGAAAGCCUUGUUCAUUGUGUAA